AUGAAGACUUCUAUGGGUUUAUCACCCUUUCAGUUGGUGUAUGGGAAAGCAUGUCACUUGCUAGUGGAGAUGGAGCAUAAAGCUUUGUGGGCUUUGAAGUUUUUAAAUUUUGAUCCUCAUGAAACUCAAAGCAAACGUAGAAGGCAACUAUUAGAGCUUGAAGAGAUGGGGUUACAUGCAUAUGACUCAUCUAGAAGUUAUAAGGAAAAGGUAAAAUUUUAUCAUGACAAGAAGUUGAUAAAGAGAGCUUUCAACCCUAGGCAGCAGGUGUUAUUAUUUAGUUCAAGGUUGAAGUUAUUUCCUGGAAAAUUGAAGUCAAAAUUGUCGGGGCCUUUCAUAAUAAAGCAUGUACAUCCUCAUGGAGCAGUUGAGUUGGUGAAUCCAGCUGCUAGUGAUCCACAGAAAAGUUGGGUGGUGAAUGGUCAAAGACUUAAGCAUUACCUGGGAGGAGAAGUGGAACAACUUUCCACGAUGAUGAAGUUGGUGGACCCUUAA